AUGGAACCGGAACCGUCCCUUGCCGCUCUCCUCGAGGCUAUCACAGCCCUCACAGCCACAGUCGGGUCCCUCCAGGACCAAAUCAAAUCACAAGGCCAACAGCUCAAUGAGCUCAAGGCCAUAUGUAAGGAGACCGCCGAUCUACUCGGCGACAAGGACCAAGGAACCCAAGCCCAGCCUGGCCCAUUGGCUGGGCCUGUCACUCCCCCCACUCACACAGGGGGAGAAGCGCACACUCCAGGAACGGUUAGGCCUGGACUCAAGGCCCCCUUCCGCCCAUCAAGAGGAAUGGGCUUUGACUCAGAAGAGGAGGAAGAACCCAGGCGAGCUCCCAAAAAAGAGCCUCGCGACACGCCUAAACGGAGCCUCAGCUCCUUCACCCCCUUCGAUUCAGGGUCCAGCGUAAAGCGACCCAAGAUGGAGCUCCCAGACCCAUACAAGGGAGACUCCAGGGGACGGAAGGCAACCCAGUGGCUAGACCGUAUGCUGCUGUGGGUCGCGCUUCAUCGAGAUCAAUUCGAUGAAGAGGAACAAAUGGUUGUGUGGAUUCUGUACCACAUGACAGACAAAGCCGCCGACUGGGCUCUUCCCAUUAUUGGGACUAUCAUCAAGGGCGAGGGAAAUCCCCCCACCACCAUCCCGGCCUUAACGGCCAAAUUCAAGGAAGCCUUUGCCGAUCCAGACGCGAAGAGGGCGGCUGCCAGGAAGAUUGCCGCAUUAACUCAGACCACGACCACGUCUGAGUACGUCACUGAAUUCCGCAACCUCAUGGCGGAACUUGACUGGAAUACUGAGGCGUACAUUGCCCAGUUCACGCGCGGCCUUCACUGGAAGGUGAAAGAACUCUUGUCCACCAAGGACAAUAUUCCCGACGACGACCUAGAAGCCAUAUUUGCUGCCUCGGUCAAAAUUGACAAUACUCGUCGGGAAAACGAGGAAAACCGUCCUAAGAAGCUUCCUGCCAAAUCCCCGGCCACCGUGGCCACUUCCACCACUACCACCACCCAACGGGUCCGCCUCUCAGAGGACCCUAAUUAUGUCACACCGGAAGAAAGGGAUCGUUGUUGCGCGUCUGGCCUUUGUGUCAAGUGCGGUCAGAAGGGACAUGGGAUCAAACAAUGUCCCAAUGGCUGGAAGGCCACUCCCAAGGAAACUGCCAAGGUGGCCCAGGACGAGUCGGAAAAAGAAUGA